AGUUUUUAUCCGGUAAUGAGAGACGAGCGCGUGGCGUCGCUGUGCGUCCAACUUCCGUGUAACUUCCGGGUUGAAGAAAUGGCGGGUCACACCAACAGAAACACAAUGGAGAAUCUAGAGGAUGGAGAAAUAAGUGGCUCUGAUUCGGAGACAGAAAUGCAUUCAGUUAACCGGCAGCAGAUGCCUUCUGCAGGUGUUUUGUCAGCCCAGCACUUCCAGAGCAGAGAUCGUCCACACACAGCUCCACACGUCACCAGCUACCGUAGCUCCAUUGCAACCGACUCCAGUGACAGCGACUCGGACGAAGAGGCUGCGCUGUGGAGACGAAAGCGUCAGAAGUGCACCAACGUCCCUCCGCCUGUUCCUCCCACAGCUUUCGGAGGUACCAGCACUGUCGCAGGACCUCCAGGCCGCAAAGUGAACAACAUCUGGGGCUCCGUGGUGCAGGAGCAAAGCCAGGAGGCUGUUGCGGCUGAGCUCGGCAUCAUGGGAAUGGAGGGGGGGAUCACUAUGGACAGCCGCCAGUGUGAGACAUACAACUACAUACUGGCACGUAAGCUGAUGGAAAAGGAGAAGCAGGAGGAGGAGCAUGGCAUGGAGACCAUGCUGGAGGAGCAGCUCGCGGAAUACAUGCAGCACGGAGUACAGAACAAGAGCGAUGGCCAUCUGAAGAGGAAGCGGUCAGUCAAGGAAAGGCUGGGUGAUAGAGCUGAGAUGGACUUUAAAGGGCGAUAUGAGAUCACGGUGGAUGACCCUAAGGAUAAAGUGAUUGAGGAAAUCGCACACAGGUUAAUGGAGCCAAAGAUGGAGUUAAUAGAGCGUGUCGUGAAUGUGAUUGGCACAAAGAAAGCGAUAGAGCUUCUGUCAGAAACUGCAACGAUUGAACAAAAUGGAGGUCUAUACACGGUGGAUGGCAGUAGAAGGAGGACACCUGGAGGGGUUUAUCUGAACUUGCUGAAGAAUACUCCUAGUAUUACUCAGGAUCAGGUUAAGGAAAUAUUCCAUGAUGAGAACCAGAAAGAGUAUAACAACAAGAAGGCAAACAAGAAAGCAGCCAAGCAGCGGCAAAAAUACUUGACGGCCAAGAAAAUGAAGCAAGCGAUCGGCACUUUGAACCUGCAGGAGCACGAUGAUGUUUCUCGGGAAACAUUUGCCAGUGACACCAACGACGCUUUGGAGUCCCUGGAGGACGGAGGGGAGGAGCAGGCCGAGUCUGCGCAGGGCACAGAGGAAGCGCCUGUGGUUUACAACUCGAAUGACCUGGAGGUCUUCUGAUGCUGUUGGUUGUCGAGAUGAGUGGAUGUGUAGACAAUUAAAGUUGCUGUCACUAUGUUCAGUGAUGUGGGCUGAGCAGAUUAGAUUUCAUUCUGACAUGGUCAUUUCUUUUCCCCUGUUUCAUGUGAGGUUAGACAUGGCAAGUUCUUACGCUCUGUAUAAAGGGCUGUGUGUGUGUGUUAACAAGCUCGGAAACCUUAGCCUACUUUCACACUAGGUGUUUUUCCCUGUACGAGUCCUUAUGGGAAGAAUGCAGAAUGGGAUCCUUACAGGAUUUCUUCCCAAAGAGGAAAAGUUCAUGUUUAGUGAAAAGCUAUGAGUGAUUUUGUUCAUGAAUUAAGGUGUUGCUUCAGUUGGAAAGAUUUCAACGUCAGUAUAUUUUUCACGUUACAGUCUAGCUAGAGACGACAAAGUUUUGUGACGGAUGUUGGUGUCUGAUAUCAUAGACCAGUCCUGGUAUAAAUCUGGAUAGUGGUUUAGGACAGACACUGCAGAUUUGUUUUUCUUUUUAAAGCCUAGUGUGAAAGCAGCCUUAUUUAUGACACAUUUAUAAACCAAGAGCUUUUAUGCAGUAUACUGUUAGUGAAUCCAGUUACAACGAUGCACUUUCACUUGCCCACUCGUUUCCUGUUUCUUUUAAUAUUAAACGGAUGUGCAGAUAAGUUAAACCUAAUCAUGCAUUCUGAUUGUAUUAAAAAUCAUAGUAUAAAGAAUAUACUUAAUACUACAUGGAAAAGUAUUGACAGAUGUUAUGAUAUUCUACUUAAGGCAAAGCAACACUCUGAGCAUCUGCCCCAGUCUAGUCGUAAUGAUGCUUCAUCAUCUUCUGCCUGGACAUUGAAUACUCGUGUCCAGCGAGUGUUUUGGCGAUGUGCCGUAUAAAUGUUAUGUUUGCUACUGAAUUUUAAAAUAAAGUUCUAUUUACAAUCCA